CCCAUUCCGGAGUCGAGAUUGGCCGUGAUGUGACGUGAGGGUUGCUGGUGGUGGAGCCUUUGUGCGUCGUUCUCAGCUGGCUUUCUCCAAAAAUGCUGCGACUGCGGUCACUUGCUACGCUGCUGCAAGGUGGGCAAGCACACGGCCAUGCUCGACGUUUUACCCUACGGAACGUUAAAUAGCUUCGAACUCUUGACGCAUUAGUUUCGUUUUGGCUUCCUAAGCUCAAGUGGGCUGCUUACACUGAGAAGGCGAGGAUAAUCCCGUAUGGAGAAGAGGGCAACAUGUCAAAGAGAACUGUGUUCACCACCAUUACGCCGCUACCUUCAUUUCUAACGAAAGAGGUUGCAAUCUCCUUUCUCCAUGAUCAUUGGCAGAUGAUCGACCUCAACCCUCUCGUCAUAGACAGGAAGAAACUCGACUCUCCACCCCCAAACGCUUCGCCCGAAGAAUGCCAUGCUUCAUGGUACCAGAUAACCGACAAGAUAACGUACAUGCCGGGCGUGCAGUCCUCCGUCAGCUACAACGCUUGUCUACAUGACCUUGCGGACGGCCUACAGACACACACUUUUGCUCCUGCAGGCGUCGAGAUUCGCGCCCGCUGGCUGAUAGGAGGUGGAAAGGGUGCACCUUCGGAACUGGGGCUCAAUGUGCCCAGCCAGGGACUCUAUUUACAAGAGGAGACGGAUCUGAAGUGCAAUUUCCUGAUGACUGGUUUUAUUAAGAAGAAUCUGAAGAAGGCGCACGCACAGGUCGUGGAAAAGAUCGUGGCAAAAGGUAGGGAGCUUGAACCGCGACCGCCCGUGCCUCCGAAGGAUGAAGGGUAUCGAGUUCGCGAUCCCUCGCAAGCGUUGCGGAUACAGAACCCGCAGCCCGGGCUCGAUGGUGCUCCACGAAGUCCAACCUACUCCCAGUUCGCAAGUAAUAGUAACCCGGAUCUGUCGAGCGCGCCAAACAGAUAUCCGCCGGGCUAUCUGCAUUAUCGGCAGGACACAGAGCCAGCGUUUAGCUACCCAAGGCCGAACCCUAGGCCAGAGCCUCCUAUGACCCAUCAACGGAUCAAUUCAGUGCCGGAGCAAAAUAUGCUACCGUCGUCGAGAGUGGCGGAAUUACCGAGUGAGACACCGCAACCGCGUCCGCGACCUAUCAGCGAGCUACCUGGGUAGGGGAUUUUUUUUCACGCUGGCGUCUUGAGAGAAAUAGGACCUUAGCAUCCAUUUGCUGAUGAUUUUUAUGAUGUACGAGCAUGUUAAGCUUUUUUUUCUUCACUUCUAUCUUUCUGUGAUUUUUUUUAGUGGACAACGAUCAAAUCCUCACGAUCGCGGGGUCGCAUAUUGAUCAGGCGAAAUGGAUCUACUGCUCUCGAAGCUUCAUUUGGAAGCUCUUCAGAGAAUGAGAGCGCCAGUGUGAGCAUCCUCAGUCCUCUAAACGCUUGAAUGUCAGGUAUUUUGAUAUCUGGAGAGAUCGAACAAUUAGGAUAGUGACCAGUCUUUCUGCUUAGCAGUUCAGUUCUGGUGUUUCAACGAUUGAGAUUCACACUUAAAGCCCUUGUACUCCAUAAUGCAAGGUGUGCCCAAAUGAAUGGGCCAGCGGAAGAUGAAUCCGAAUAGGCACCUGGCAUCGGCUCUGACCAGUUUAUUUUGUUUCUUAAGAUUCUAAAGCACGAUCGCAACCUUCUAGAAGC